AUGGCCACUAUAUCAUUCCAGCCCAAGCAGAUUACCCAGUACCAGGCUGAGCACCUCUCGGAGCUCCAAGGAGAUGUCAGUGAGACGGCCAUCAAGUACAGCUUGGGUCUUAUCCCCGAUUUCUCCGAAGGCGACAUCAUCCACGACAACGCCUGUGGCUCCGGCGCCGUCACGGACACCAUUCUGCAUGGCAUUGUUCCAAGAAUCCACAUCGAUGCAACCGACGUCAAUUCUCAGUUUGUUCAGGGAUGCGCCGCCAAUGUGGACAAGAAUAAGUGGCCCGUCUCGACCGCCGUCAUGCCAGCGCAGAAGCUUUCCUUUCCUGAUGGAAGGUUCGCUCAUUCGUUUACCAGCUUUGCUUUCCACUGUCUAGGUGAUCACGAUGCUGCCGCUAAGGAGGUCUACCGCACUCUCAAACCUGGUGGUCUGGCUGUCGCUUCAAUCUGGGUAUACAUGCCUCACGUGGAUGCCUCGCAGCAUGCCCACUGGCGGACCCGUGGUAAAGACGGCCCCAUGCCUGUCUUACUUCCAUUGGAAGGCUUCGUAGACGCCGACUUGAAGAAGGCGCUCGUCACAGGAGGCUUCAAGGAGGAGAACAUCUCCCUGUCCGAGAAAGUUUGCUACCUGAAAAUUCCGGACUUGAAGCGAUUCGCACAGCUGUCUUGGAGUUAUUUGGGAAGGUUGCCAGACGGAUGGUCACAGAACGACGAGGACAACUGGAACGAAGCCUGUGCGGAUAUUGUCGAGCAGCUGCAAAGUGGAGACGGCAUCUCUCGGAAUGAGAAAGGCCAGACCGUCCUGAAGAUGGUGGCCUGUAUUACUGUCGCGAACAAGUAA